UCUUGUGGUCAACAAAAAACAAGAAGCACAUUUUACGAAUGAACUCAUAAACACCAAAUAAGACACGAGCAUGAAGAACUCAAGUGUUGCAACCAAAUGAACACACAUCAUGUGUGCAAUAACAAUACCUGUCCAUAGUCACACACACACACACCAAACCAAUUGAUUCCGACCUUAAAUACUCAGAAACUCCUCACUCCCCCAAACAAAGAAGAAGGAAACUUAAGUCUACUAGAAUAAAUGGCUUCUUCUACUCUCUUUAUUAUUCUCUUAAUCUCAUUGUCACCAUUCUUUCUCCCACUAGUUCUCGCUCAAGUACCAGCUACAUGUGCCUCCAGACUGCUUUCCCUGGCUCCAUGUGGUCCAUUCGUUCAAGGCUUUGCCCAGCUUCCGGCUCAGCCAUGCUGUGACAGCUUAAACCAGAUCUAUAGCCAAGAAGCAACUUGUCUCUGUCUCUUCCUCAACAACACUUCUACUUUGUCCCCUGCUUUUCCAAUUAAUCAAACUCUUGCUCUACAAUUGCCUCCGCUUUGCAACAUUCCAGCUAAUUCAUCCUCUUGCUCCUCCGCUUCCUCCGCCCCAGGAGGAGAGGCGCCUAGUGAUUCCUCCUCUGUUGCUCCACCACCUUCUAGCUCAACUAGUCCUCAAAUCUCUCUAGGUGCAAAGAACAACUCUCGUGUCGCGGCUACUCCGGUGGCUCAAAUGGCACCAAGACCCACCAGUUUUAUGGGAUUAGGUUAUGGUGUGAGAUCCUCUGGCUCCAAGUCUGAGAUUAAGCUAACCAUCCUUGCACUCGCAGCGAUCCUACCCGCCACUCUCCUCCUCAUCUGAGUCCUUCUGCAUUAACUACCAUCUCGGAUUUAUUUACUCUCUCCUGUAUUGUGUUUUCUCUAUGAAACAAGAUCAAUUUUAUUACUUUACCUUAGAUUUAUAAAAGAAGAGCUUAUCGGUAUGAUUCCUAAAGAA